GUAAGGGGAAAGAAGACUUUGAAACUUCCCAGUUGACCCUUCCCAUUCCGUUAUAAACCCUAGCACAUCUCCUGCUCCUCAUCUCACCAGAAUUCAGAACUACCAAUAGUCCAUCAAUUUGAAAACUAAAAACAGAAGGAUACAAUGGGUUUCCUUGGAACUGUUGCAAGGAAUUUCGAUUCAUUAGUUGGACCUGGAGUUAUGCUACUGUAUCCAUUAUAUUCAUCUAUGAGAGCGAUUGAAAGCCCUUCAACCCUGGACGAUCAGCAGUGGCUGACAUAUUGGAUUCUCUACUCUUUCAUCACACUUUUUGAGCUUUCUUGCUGGAAAGUUCUGGCUUGGUUUCCACUUUGGCCAUACAUCAAACUUGUAUGCUGCAUGUGGUUGGUGCUACCAAUCUUCAAUGGAGCAGCUUAUAUUUAUGAGAAUUUUGUGAGGAAGUAUGUAAAGAUUGGUGGAUUAGUGAAUGAGAAUUAUCCUGAGGAACACCGGAAGGUUAUCCAGAUGAUGAGCCUCGACGCCAGGAAGUCGGUCGAGCGAUACAUUGAGAAACAUGGACAGGAGGCCUUCGACCGGGUUAUCAAAGCGGCUGAGAAGGAAGCAAAGAGACACUAGAGAAAUCAAUUCUUUCCUUUAAAAGCUCCUCCUACUCUGCAAGUUAUAAUCACACACACCUUGAGUCUUCAUAUGGGUUGUUCAUAUUUUAAUUUUUUUUUUUUUUUCAAAGCAGAAGAAUAAUUAAUAAUAAUGUUGUUAUCAAAAGAGACACCUCCAUUUGAUUGCUCAUGCAAGUAUUUAUGUACAUUGUAAUUGAUUAAUUAUCAAGGAAACAUCUCAAUCAAAACCUGAACAACCUUAGGUUCUUCCUGAAUAACAAAGUCCAUUCCUUUGGCUUGAGGUAAAAAAGAAUCACAUGUAAUGCAUUCAUUGGCUUUAAUUAAAUAUCAAAUCCUUUAAUAGACAAA